CAGAUCAUGAGCAGCAGCUCGUCCCCCCCUGCAGCUGUGCAGCUCUGCUACGAGCACCUGAACGGAUCCUGUGUCAAAACCCCCUACUCGCCUGCAUCCCGGGUGAUUCUGUACACAGUGUUUGGCUCUGGGACUGUGCUGGCUGUCUUUGGAAACCCCCUGGUGAUGAUUUCAAUCCUUCAUUUCAGGCCGCUUCAUUCUCCAACCAAUUUUCUCAUCACCUCUCUGGCCUGUGCGGACUUUCUGGUGGGAGUGACCGUGAUGCCCUUCAGCACGGUCAGGUCUGUGGAGAGCUGCUGGUAUUUUGGGCGAAGUUUCUGCACUUUCCAUUCGUGCUGUGAUGUGGCAUUUUGUUACUCUUCUCUCUUCCACUUGUGCUUCAUCUCCAUCAACAGGUACAUUGCUGUCACUGACCCUCUGCUCUAUCCCACCAAGUUCACGGUGUCUGUGUCACGACUGUGCAUCUGCAUCUCCUGGGUCCUGCCCCUUACUUACAGUGGUGCCGUGUUCUACACAGGUGCCUGUGAUGAUGGCCUAGAAGAAUUAUCUAGUGCCCUCAACUGCAUAGGAGGUUGUCAGAUCGUUAUAAAUCAAUACUGGGUGUUAGUACAUUUUCUAUCCUUCUUUAUACCUACCCUUGUUAUGCUAAUUCUCUAUGGCAAUAUUUUCCUUGUGGCAAGACAACAGGCUAAAAAGAUUGCAAAUAUUGAUGGCAAAACAGAAUCAUCAUCAGACAGUUAUAAAUCCAGAGUGGCCAAGAGAGAGAGAAAAGCAGCUAAGACCCUGGGUAUCACAGUCAUAGCAUUUAUGAUUUCAUGGUUGCCGUAUAGUAUUGACUCAUUAACUGAUGGCUUUAUGGGCUUCAUAACCCCAGCCUAUAUUUAUGAGAUUUGCUGUUGGUGUGCUUAUUAUAACUCAGCCAUGAACCCCUUGAUCUAUGCUUUAUUCUAUCCUUGGUUCAGGAAAGCCAUCAAAGUUAUUGUGAGUGGUCGCGUUUUCAAGAACAGUUCUGCAAGCAUGAGUUUGUUCUCUCAACAAAUGUAA